UCCACAAUCUUAUUGAUCUUAGUUCUCACACUCUAGGUAUAUUACGAUAUCCUCCCGACCGGUGAACAGUCACAUGUUUCCUCCUUGCUGUGAUUGGUCAGUGAGUGAAGUAAUGAUCCAAUCCAAGGAUGGAAAAUCUUGUCAGUCAAAUCCACUAGGAAGUUUUUGUUGCAGUGUCGCGAACACAUCAGAUCCAAGUGAGUGAAGGUGUUUUUCCAACUAGACUCGCUACUUCAUGUAAAAUAAUCAAAAGAGCUGUAUUUCAUGCUACAUUUUGCAGAAGAGGAGGACAAGACUUCAGAUGCUGUGGAAAUACAAGAACUUCAUGAAGCGGUCUUCAACAACAACCACCGUUUGCUUCUGGUCCUGUUGUCACAGGAGCGGUACAGAAAGCUCAUCAACAGCAGGAGUGGGUGGGGUAUUCCUGGUACCCCACUGCGUUUGGCUGCCUCCCAUGGUUACCUGAGCUGUGUGGAACUUCUCCUAGCUCAUGGUGCUGAGGUAGACAGCUUAGAUGUGAAGGCCCAAACACCACUGUUCACUGCGGUUAGUGGGAAGCACUUGGACUGUGUCCAUGCUUUACUGAGUGCAGGAGCGGACCCCAAUGGCAGCAUCUACAAUAACUGCUCCCCAGUACUCACAGCAUCUAGGGAAGGGGAUGUAGAGAUCCUGAGUGAGCUUUUGGAACAUGGAGCAGAAGUGAACACAAGGUCAAAAAGUAGCCUGUGGACUUCCCAUUCACCAGUAUGUAGUGGACCUUUGUAUCUGUCUGCGGUCUAUGGGCACCUGGACUGCUUUAAACUGCUGCUGAUUUAUGGAGCCAACCCAGACUUUAACUGCACUGAGGAGAAACUUCUUGUUAAGAUCAAGCAACCCAAGACGAUCCUGGAGAUGUGCCUUAGACAUUGCUGUGAAGCCGAGUAUGUGCAGCUCCUGAUAGAUUUUGGAGCAAACGUCUAUCUCCCAACGCUCAAUGUAGAAAAGACCACUAAGCAAAAAGAAGCUUUGGAGCUGCUUCUAAGAGAAAGAGUAUGUCCAAAACGCCUGAUGUCUUGGUGUCGUCUGACCAUUCGAAAUGCUUUAAGAUUGGCUGGCAGGCUGGCUUAUGUUGACCGUUUGCAUAUUCCAUCUUCCUUGAAACACUAUCUGAAGCACAAGAGCAGGCCAAUGGCAGAUAAUUUUCCAUAAUGAUGAGGCUGAUCUUCAUAACAGUGUGGUCAUCAUCCAUAAAAUUCUGCUCUUAAAUUCGGGGUCAGUUCAAUGAAUUGUACAUGUUUGGUUGCUGAGUCACUAGCACAAUAUGAAGUCCAAAAUUGGUAGGCAAUAAACAGGUUUAUUGAGCA